UUUACCACCUCACCAAAGGCACAGCCUGCAUUUGGCUGGCAGGGGAAACACCCGAACAUCGUCAUAAAAUGCUUUUGAAUUUAUUCCAUGCCAUCUGUAGGUUCCGUAUUUACUUUCUCUUUCUCUCGCUUUGCGCAGGCCUACCCUCCUCGGGUGUGUCGAAAGUGCGGGCUGUGAGCUGCAAGCCAUCCCAUCUCCUUCUUGCUCUUCACUCUGGCUGGAAGUAGCAGGACAACAGACAGCGCAGAGCAAGAUGCACAAAUUGCAUUUCAGCGGAGAGCCUGUGCCGGAUUGUGUGCUGAACGACAUCCAGACACUUAAUAAACUCUCCAGUCAGCAAUUCUCGGAAUUGACGGGGAUAAUCUUUCGCUUUAUUACAGAACCCACAGAGUCAGAACGACUAUUAGGCCAACUCGGUCAGUUUGCCGCUCAGCAUGGAAUGAGCCCAGGCCCACUGAAAAACAUUGUGAAAAGCAUCCUCCUGAUUCCUACUGGUGCUCUGAAAAGGAAUUUGACAGCUGACCAUGUCAAGACUGAUUUUGUUACUUUGGGACUAAGUGAGGAAAAAGCUGGAUGCUUUGCAGAUCAGUGGAAAUUGAAUUCUGUGGUGCUGUCAAGACUGGCAGUGGGACAAACAUUGACUGUCAAUCAGUUAGUAGACAUGGAAUGGAAAUUUGGAGUAACAGCAGGGAGCAGUGAAUUGCAAAAGGUUGGCAGCGUAUUUUUACAGUUAAAAUUAGUUAUAAAGAAGGGGAACAAGAGUGAAAAUGUUUACAUGGAGUUGACUUUACCACAGUUCUAUAACUUCUUACAUGAAAUGGAACAAGCCAAGACUAGCCUUGAAUGUUUCAGUUAAAUUGCUGCAUCAUUAUUCAGCAAGUUGUUUAACUUUGUUUAAAGUUCAUUUUCUUCUUGUUCAAAAAGUCUAUUUGUACAUUCAUGUAAAAGAGAUCACCAUUAUUUAUAAUGUUGAAUUGUGCUCAGGAAGCAUCUGUUGUCCUUGUCAGUUAUAAAUGUUAGCAUAAUUGUUAAGCUAUGUAAAUUAAAAUUAUUCUGUGCGGAGUGUAUAGAUUAGGCCAAUCGUUUUAUUGCUUUGAAAGAGUUAUACUCCUUUCUACAUCUUCGCACAUUACACAUCGUGAGCUGAGAAUGCCAAUGAUAUGGGACUGUCAUAAACACUCUGUCAGUGAAACACUUUAUGAAGGUGAUUUGCCUGCUUCCCCUCCCUGUAAAGAAACAGUUUGUCUCUACUUCAAGCUCUCUUUGAUUGUAGAGUAGCAAUUAGAUUUUUCCUGCGAGGGAGAUUUUCAGCGUAAGUUGGAAUUCAACUGUUCUCUAAUGCAUCAUACAC